AUGGUCAUUGACAUGGCAACGUCGCCCAAGGCGCGGAUGACCAGCUCCAUGUCUUGGAGCUCGCCUCAGCUGAAGAGGGGGCCCACGCCGUGGAAUGACACGCUGCGCUUGCCGCGAGAAGGCCCAAAGCCAGGAGGUGGCAAAAUGGAAGUCCUGGAGCCAGGUGCCUUGGAGGCGCUCCGGACGGAGGCCGCCAGAGAGCAGGCCGCGGCUGAAGCAGAGGCUUUAGACAGUACACAGCGACCAAAGAAAGACAGGAGGAAGAGGCAGACUCAGAGCACUCACAUCAGUGGAUCAGUAGAUGCCACACUCUCCACCAGCGCCAAAGGUGCGUCGACAAUGACCAUGACACCACUUAUAACAAUUGCAGGCGCAGAUGGUGCGAGCAUGGUUUUGCCACGCCGCGCCGAGCAUUUGGAUGGCCCGGAGGCUCGCCGUAGGGUGGAGAUGCAGACAAAGUUUCACAAGGUUGAAGUAGCUCGCCAACACGACCAGAAACUCAUCCGUGAAAGAGCAGAGAAGUGCAAGACAAUGCGAGAGGAUCGCUUCAAGCGCUUGGUCGACGCAGUUUGCGAUCAUGGAGGUCUUGCAAUGGAGUGCGCUGAGAAUCUGGCAGCCUUCGAGCAAAGAUUCCAGCAGCGUCGGUGGGAACUCUACUCGGACUGGGAUGAGAACGUGUCCCACCCCAUCCAAAAGCAGGCCUUCGACUAUGUGAAUCCAGCAGACAGAUCCCUGCAAAAGUCAGGCAUGAAAACUGUUGGCUGGACGUUGCCGACAGACACUCCGAAGCUGAAGCUCAACGUGACCAAGGAUCCCGUUCGCCGACAGCUGCUGGAAACAGAAUACGAGAAGGCUUUCCAUGAGGUCGCAGAGGCCGUCCUUGGCCGAUCACAAAGCUCACCGGACAUCCUUAGAAGGUCUGCGUAUUUCGAUGGGCGCAGUGGUCCGGGUGCACGAGCGCUCAGCCGGCCGGUGCUGGAGCCCACUGAGUGGGGACAGCAACGAUUGCAGGGGACCCUUUUUGGUCGCUUCGCUCAGGCCUGCGAAGAAGGUCCUAACUUCACCCGCGCGAGAAGAGGUGGAACAAAUGUCUUUGUGCCGGACGAGUCCGAUAUGAUACAGGUGGCUGGAACCCGUAGAAGUCGAGAGCACGGGCACCACGAUAAGGGCAUCUUGAAAGGAAACAAGGCCUCGCAAGGCGAGUCGUCAGAAGGGAAGACUCAUGAAGGGUGCUCUUCUGGAGCGCCGUCACAAGAUCACUUCACCUUUCAGCACGGCAAGGAGGUCACGGACCUGGAGUUUCCUUUGGGAAAGAAGGCGGGAGAGCCUUUUUGA